CGGAGAGUGAAGUGUUGGGUGGCAAGGCAUUUCACGUUCAGCACUGGACAGCGAACUGGAACUGCCGUCGGAGAGACGGCCCGACGGGAGAGGGCCAGAGCCGACGGAAAUCCAGGUCAUCGUCAUCCAGGUCGCAUGUGCCGGAUAGAUAUGGGACAGAUAACAGCCCGCCCGCUUGCCCGCCCGCGAUUCUCUGGCCGUCUCCGAGCGGCAACAUCGCGGGCCCGUCAUCCGAGCGCAUGUUCUAGUGUCGGAGCCAGACCGACGCGGAGCGGGGGGAGGGGGCCGAGCCGCGACAGCGGCAAGAGAACAGGCGGGCGAGGGUCGAAGGGGGCGCUGGGCCGCGGGGGCCACGCACGAGCAUGGACGCUUUCGAAUCCAGGAUUCUGUUUCCAGAAGGGCUUGGGCGCACUAGCGAGAGCGGACAGCGAUUUAUUGCCGCAAGCGCCUAAAGCUCGAGAGCGAAAACAGUUGUGCCGAGGGCCGAGGGCCGAGGGCCGAUCGGGAGUGCGUGUACUGCAGGGUGGCUCUACGGGAAGGAAUUCGAGGAAAUAUGAUGUAGAGGGGAGGGGAGGGGGAGGGGUAGAAUCUCGGAGGAGGAGAAGAAGAGCAGCUGUACUGAAUGUUGUGGUCAUUGUCCAGCGGUGCGGGGCUUGAUCCAUGAUGAUUCCUGGUUGCUUGGGGGUGGUGGUGGUUCGGGCGUAUGUAUGUAUGUAGGUAAGGCCUCGCCUACUGCUGAUUUGCUGUCAGUAAUGUCACAUCCGUUUGCUGCUUACAUAGGCACGCGUGAUUUUCUAUCUUUCACAUGUUUUUGACGGUGUGUGAAAAGUUUCUCUGUUCGAGAAUCGCGAUGAGGAAUCUGGGUGGUGCUUCGUGGGGUAAGGUUUAGAAAACAUUCUUCAUAAAUGAACAUAAAACAAAUGUUGUUAUGGCGCUGAGUUGUUGUUCGAUUGGGGGUUAAUCUCACCUGUGCUAAGACAAACACACGUGAUUCUCUUACACGCCCUUUUGGUUGUCACAUGUUUCGAACAUUUUGGUCGGGUGCAUUAUAUUAUGCGUAUGUGUCAAUGAGAGUGUAUUAUCUGUAAAAUGCGGUUUUCAUUGCUUGUGGUUGGAAUGGGGUUGGUUUGCCGUUAAGUAACUUAAUGUAUUCAUUAGUAUGCUGUUGUGACUAGCUUCAUCUCCCAUUCCCAAGCUUGUCGUCUGUGUUACUUACAUGUUUCCACGUGCUUUCUUUGCCACGAGAGAGGAUCUGCUGACUGUUCCGGGCGUAAUAAUCUUUUCCGGAUGAAUUUUUGUCGUAAUAAUAUGGAGUCUACGGUGUUGAGCUGUUUCCCGCUUCACGUGAAACCAUAAAUUCGUGUUUUUAUUUGCUGCUGCGAAUAAAACGGCUGCGCGUUAGAUCAUAAAAUCGUUGUUUACGGCUUUUCCAAUUAAUUCCAUACAUUCACGUGUUCAGAUCGAUUGUUGCAGUUUACUCUAGGCUUCAUCGAUUUCCAUUCACGUGUUCGCGAGUGAGAUCUGAAUGUCUCCCCUCCCCCCAACUUCCCCCACCCCACCCCACCCCAUCUCCCCUCCCCGCCUUCCCCGGGCUCGGAAAGUAAAGCAAUUAGUCACCUCACAAGAUGCGAAAUUGAUUUAACCUCUCGAGCGUUUGGAGCAUUUCCCGGCUCAAAUGAUUUGAUAUUAUGUAUUCUGAGCAAAAGCAUGUGGAUGAGGUGUGCCUGAGUCUCAUUCGCAAAACAAUCAUUUAUUACAGUAAAUUUGAAAUACUUGUUUCGAAUUUUCUCUGUCUUUCUACGCGUAUUUCGAGAGGUGGUAGGCUAUAGGAACAUUCCUGACUUGUAUUGAAGUGCAAGCAAGAAUAUCCUGCGUCACGGAGCUCAAUGUCAUAAACCGG